AUGAAGCUGAGGAAACAGGUGACAAUGUGUGGAGGGGCCAUCUUCUGUGUGGCUGUUUUCUCCCUCUAUCUCAUGUUGGACCGUGUCCAGCAUGACCCUGCAAGACGACAAAAUGGUGGAAACUUUCCACGGAGCCAAAUUUCCGUCCUGCAGAACCGGAUAGAGCAGCUGGAGCAGCUCUUGGAGGAAAACCAUCAAAUCAUUAGUCACAUAAAAGACUCUGUCAUGGAGCUCACAGACACAGGAGCAGUGUCUCCCAGUGGCCACCUGCCCUUCAGGGCUGCCAAUGGCUCCUGGGUCCUUCCCUUUGACGGCCGACCCACUUUCCUUGCUGUCAAGCCCCAGGACUGUCAGUUGGCUGCAGGCAGCCAUAGUCAGGCAGACGUUCAGAUGUUGGACGUGUACUCGCUCCUAAAGUUUGACAACCCGGAUGGUGGGGUGUGGAAACAGGGUUUUGACAUAUCAUAUGAUGCUGAUGAGUGGGACAAGGAACCUUUGCAAGUUUUUGUCGUCCCGCACUCUCACAAUGAUCCAGGUUGGGUGAAGACAUUUGACAAGUACUACACAGACCAGACACAACACAUUUUAAACAACAUGGUGGUGAAACUGGCAGAGGAUCCCCGCAGAAAGUUCAUAUGGUCAGAGAUUUCCUUCUUUUCCAAAUGGUGGGAGAGUGUGGAUGCACAGAAGCAGGAGGCGGCUCGCAAACUGAUCCGAGGAGGACAACUAGAGAUUGCGACAGGAGGAUGGGUCAUGACAGAUGAAGCCAAUGUUCACUAUUUCGCAAUGAUUGACCAACUUAUUGAGGGACAUCAAUGGCUAGAGAGAAAUAUAGGGGCAAUACCCAGCAGUGGAUGGGCAAUAGACCCUUUUGGCCACAGCUCUACAAUGGCCUAUGUCCUCAAGAGAGCCAACUUGACCAGCAUGCUUAUCCAGAGGGUUCACUACUCAGUCAAAAAGCAUUUUGCUGCCACACGCAACCUUGAAUUUAUGUGGCGGCAGCCCUGGGAAACUAGAUCCAUUUCGGACAUCUUUUGCCACAUGAUGCCAUUCUACAGCUAUGAUGUCCCUCAUACAUGCGGGCCAGACCCAAAGAUCUGCUGCCAGUUUGACUUCAAGAGGCUACCUGGCGGUCGGAUAAACUGUCCAUGGAAAGUGCCACCCAAGGCUGUGGUGGAGGCAAAUGUAGCGGAGAGGGCGGAACUCCUCCUGGAUCAGUAUCGCAAAAAGUCCAAACUUUACCGUAGCAAGGUGCUUCUCAUCCCUCUGGGAGAUGAUUUUCGUUAUGACAAGGCCUUGGAGUGGGACCAGCAAUAUAUCAAUUAUCAGAAACUCUUCGAUUACAUGAAUUCUCACCCUGAGAUGCAUGUCAAGACUCAGUUUGGAACUCUCUCGGACUACUUCAAUGCUUUGUACAAAUCGUAUGGAGUGCCCCAGGGAUCCCGACCUCCAGACUUUCCUGUGCUCAGUGGGGAUUUCUUUGCCUAUGCCGACCGCGAAGACCACUAUUGGACCGGCUACUUUACAUCCCGGCCCUUUUAUAAGAGCUUGGAUCGUGUUAUAGAGUCACAACUGAGGGGAGCUGAGAUCCUUUACACCUUGGCUGUUGCCAAUGCCCGACACCUGGGAAUGGAGGGACGUUAUCCGGUUUCAGAUUACGCCCUGCUCGUUGACGCCAGGCGCUCUGUGGGCCUGUUCCAGCAUCACGAUGGAAUCACUGGCACUGCAAAGGAGAACGUUGUCGUCGACUAUGGCACCAGAUUAUUGCGAUCACUUAUCAACCUGAAGAGAGUGAUCAUCAAUGCUGCUCAUUUCCUGGUGAUGAAGAAUAAAGAGUUUUAUCGCUUUUACCAGACAGAGCCUUUUCUGGAGACGGAUGACAGGCGUGCUACUCAGGACUCCCUACCUCAGCGCACUUUAAUUGAGCUGGAUGCUGCAGGGCCUAGGUACCUGGUCCUGUUCAACCCGUUUGAGCAGGAGCGGCUAUGUGCGGUGACCGUGUUGGUGAACACAGUCAAGGUGAGGGUGCUCACAGAAGAUGGACAGACUCUCCCUGUGCAGCUGAGUGCUCAGUGGAGCUCGGCAAGACAAAUGAGUGCAGAAGUGUUUGAGGCGACAUUCAUGGUGCGUCUACCAUCGUUAGGCCUCGCAGUCUUCCAUCUUUACAACUCUCCAGACUCUCCAAUGACACUGCGCUCAGACACCCUUCUCCGGCUGCCCGGAGGUGCUCUCACUCCUCGCACUUCGGACCCACUUCCUGUUCGGUCUCAGCUAGCUGACCCUCAGAUGUUCCACAUCAGCAGCCAGUUUCUGACACUGGGCUUCUCUGGCACCACUGGCCUCCUGGAGACUAUCAAACACAAAGAUUAUCAGGAAAUAAAGGUCCAGAUGCACUUCAUGAUGUAUGGAACUCGUACUUCUAAGGACAAGAGUGGUGCAUAUCUUUUCCUGCCUGAUGGGAAAGCAACGCCCUAUGAACACAAAGAGCCACCUGAGGUGCGUGUCGUUGAGGGGCCUCUCUUCUCUGAAGUAGUGGCAUACUACCAACACUUUCAGCAGGCAAUUCGCAUCCACAAUGUGCCAGGUGUAGAUGGCCUGUCUUUGGAUAUCACUACGAUUGUGGAUAUCAGAGACCAGAACAACAAAGAGCUGGCUCUGCGUCUGGUCACUGACAUCCAGAACGGGGAUGUCUUCUACACAGACCUCAAUGGCUUCCAGAUGCAGUUGCGUCGCCGCCUCCAGAAGCUUCCCUUGCAAGCUAACUUCUACCCGAUGCCCAGCCAGGCGUACAUCCAGGACAGCCAUCACAGGCUGACGCUGCACACAGCUCAGUCUCUUGGUGUCAGCAGUCUGGAGAGCGGUGAACUUGAAGUCAUUUUGGACCGCCGGCUAAUGCAGGAUGACAAUCGUGGGCUGGGUCAAGGCCUCAAAGAUAACAAGAGGACAGUCAACCGCUUUCGACUGCUUCUGGAAAGGAGAUCAACAGACAACAAGCCUUCUGGCUUCUUUGCCAAACUCUCCUCUUUAUUUCACUUUGUUCUCCCCAAAAUGUUGUGUGACAGAUCUGAAGAGAUGACAGAUGGUUCAACGAUAAGCUUCCCGUCUGUGCUAAGUCACAUGACCAACAGGGUCCUGAAUCACGAUGUUCUGGCUCUGCCUGUCCUGCCCAAAAGACGUGGUGUGCCACCUCUUGAAACCUAUGCGCCACUCAAGACCAUGUUCCCCUGUGACUUCCACCUUGUAAACCUACGCAGCAUCCAGAGCCAAGACGCCAACUCUCCAUCACCAUACACAGCUUUGAUUCUUCACCGUUUUGGCCUCGACUGUGGUUUGGAUGUUGCAAACUUGGGCUUCAACUGUACUACCACCCAAGGACAGAUGAAUGUUUCCGCCCUCUUUAAGAACUUGGACCUGCAACUGCUCCAGCCCAUGUCUUUGACCCUGAUGUAUUCAAGUCCACCACUGGCGAACACAUCCGCAGUCAGCCUGGAUCCAAUGGAGAUCUCCACCUUCAAACUCAAACUACGGUAG